AUGGCGAAAACGGAAAACACGAACACAACGCUGCUGCGCCCCGCGGCCGACGGCGCUCGCUACGAGCUGACCAGCCCGACGGCGCUGCCCAAGGCCGGCGGGUUCCUGUGGAACCAGCAGAUGAUGAUCCAGGUGACGUGCCGGGGGUACGCGACGGCGCAGCACAUGCAGCCCGAGCCGGCCAAGUACGCGCACGCGCCGAACCUCGAGGCGCGGACCUUCAUGCAGCCCGAGCAGAACUACUACGCACACCACCCGGGCCGCUUCGUCUACGUCAAGGACGAGGAGACGAACGAACUAUUCUCGGCGCCGUAUGAGCCCGUGCGUGCCGCGCCGGACCGCUUCGUCUUCUCCGUCGGCCAGAGCGACAUCAAGUGGACCGUCGAACGCCUCGGUAUCCGCGUGGAGAUGACGCUGGGCGUCCCGACGCACGACGUCGUCGAGCUGUGGAGUGUCAGGGUCACGAAUCUGUCGGGCCGGCCGCGCAGGAUCAGCGUCUACCCCUAUUUUCCCUUCGGGUACAUGUCGUGGAUGAACCUGUCUGCGGAAUGGCGGCCGGAUUUGGGUGCCGUGGUCGCUAGCAGCAUUACGCCCUACCAGAAGGCCGAGGAUUAUUUCAAGAACAACCUGUUCAAGGACAAGUCAUACUUCCUGUGUGAGACGCCGCCGACUUCGUGGGAAGCCAUGCAGCAAACUUUCGAAGAUGAAGGUGGCCUCCACGCUCCGUCGGCCGUGCUGGAGCCGGAGCUCAAGGGAGGCGAUGCUCGCUACGAGACGCCUGCCGCUGCCGUGCAAUACCGCGUGAAGUUAGAAGCGGACGAGAAGCAGGAAUACCGCUUCCUAUUCGGUCCUGCCCUCGACGACGCCGAGAUAAAGGAUAUGCGCGCCAGGUAUCUGAGCAAGGAAGGUUUUGCUCGGUGCGCCGAGGACUACUCGGCAUACAUCCUCAAAGGCCGCGGGUGCCUGCAGAUCGAGACGCCGGACAAGGACCUCGACAACUUCGUCAACAACUGGCUCCCGCGCCAAUGCUACUACCACGGCGACGUGAACCGUCUGACCACUGACCCCCAGACGCGGAAUUAUCUGCAGGACAACAUGGGCAUGACGUACAUCAAGCCCGAGGUGGCGCGCAAGGCCUUCCUGAUCGCCGCCGGCCAGCAGGAAGAGAACGGUGCCAUGCCAGAUGGUAUCUUGCUGGCAGAGGGUGCGGAGUUGAAAUACAUCAAUCAGGUCCCACACACCGAUCAUUGCGUGUGGCUGCCGGUCACACUCGAAGCCUACCUGGCAGAGACGGCAGACUACGCCCUCCUAGAUGAGGUAGUGAAGGGCAUGCACGGAGACACCUACACCGUCUUCGAGCGCUUUAGUCGAGCCAUGGACUGGCUACUUUCCGCCCGAGACGAAAGAGGCCUAAGCUACAUCGCACAAGGCGACUGGUGCGACCCGAUGAACAUGGUCGGCUACAAGGGCAAGGGCGUCUCCGGCUGGCUCACCCUCGCCACGGCCUACGCCGUCAACAUCUGGGCCAACGUCUGCGAGCAACAGGGCAAGACAGAGCUGGCCACGAGAUACCGCGCCGGCGCCAGGGAGGUCAAUGACGCCGCGAACGCGCAUCUGUGGGACGGCGACUGGUUCGCGCGCGGCAUCACCGACGAUAACGUCAUCUUCGGCGUCAAGAAGGACGCCGAGGGCCGCAUCUGGCUCAACCCGCAGACGUGGUCCAUUCUCGGCGGCGGCGCCAGCGCCGGGCAGAUCGCCCGGAUGCUGCCGGCUGUCGACGAGCAGCUGAGCACGCCGUACGGCGUUGUCAUGUUCGCCCCGGCGUAUAGCGCUAUGCGCGAGGACGUCGGCCGCGUGACGCAGAAGUUCCCCGGUUCGGCUGAGAACGGGUCGGUGUAUAACCAUGCGGCCGUGUUCUACGUGCAUAGUCUGUACUCGGUUGGCGAGAGGGACCGCGCGUACAAGGCGCUGCGGCAGAUGAUCCCCGGCCCGACGGAAGAGGACUAUGUGCAGCGCGGACAAUUGCCCGUGUAUAUCCCCAAUUACUACCGUGGAGCGUGGCAUGAGUACCCGCGGACGGCAGGCCGGUCCAGCCAGUUAUUCAACACGGGCACUGUGUCGUGGGCGUACCGCUGCUUCAUCGAGGGUCUAUGUGGGCUGCGAGGUGACCCUGACGGCCUUGUCAUCCAACCGCAAUUGCCGUCGGACUGGGACGGGAUCAAGGUCACGCGGCUGUUCCGCGGCGCAACCUUUAUAGUAGAUGUCCGCAAGGUAGAUGUGGACAAGGUUGUUGUUAAAUACGAGGGUCAGGAAUUGCCAGAAGCGAGAUUCAGGAAGAUAGAGCCUGGGAAGACUUAUGAGCUCACGCACUUCAACAUCCUGGUACGAAAUCACGAAGCUGCUCUAGCGAAGCUCAUCAUCGACGGCCGCCGGUCCCAUUUGGUCGCAACCCUCGCGGAGCUAGACUUCAGUGGCCUGGACAUCCUCGCGGCCGUCAAUAGGUUCAGUGAGGCAUUCUUUCCUACCAUGGAGUCUGACAUGAAACUUGACGUGUCCGAAUCUGGCCGGGCAUCCGACCGCGCUGCCGCUAUGGAAGGCCUACGCCAGUUUGGCGUCUGGUAUAUGGGUCAGCAGGAGCGCCAUGGAGACCUUUGGCCUGCUACAGAGACAGAUCGCCGUCCAAUCUCUCAUUACAGAACCUUUGCUCAAGAGGUCGCCGAGGAACUCCUUAGUAUCAUGCAUGACGUUCCCGUAUCAGGCCACAAAUACGUGCGGGCCUGCUCGUGGGAUGUGGCGUGUAUUCUCAGGAUGUGGGGAGUCAGCUGGCCGGAUGGAGGUGUGACUGCUCUGGUCGAACGAGCGAUCCAGAGUAAGCUAGACCGGGAUCUUAAUACUGCAGAGGACGUGCUUGAGACGGAGGGUGGUGACUCAGGGAAAGCAGCCCUCUGGGUCGGCCUCGAGUACUGGUGUGAUCGGUGGCAAGAGGCUGAAUGCGGUGCACUUGAGCAGCUUUUCGGUGCGGUCGACGUCCCCAUGGUUGAAGGUUCUCUUCGGGUGUCGGAAGACCUCCAGAGUGGUACCGAAAUGGCCCAGGCUGCCGAAGAUGCGUCGGCGUCUUCAACCUCAAAGGAUAGUUGUACGGUUCACGAACUGGAAGAUGUCCUGCCUGAUCUCCCACUAUUGCCGUCCCAUGGUAUGCUUCACUACGUCCUGCCGUUCGGAAGCCAGCAUCUCGUGAGCCUAGGUCGUCUGUUGCGCGGCGAGUCUACAAGUGCGCUGGAGCGGGCGCUUGUUUUUAGGAGCGCCCGCGUAGGCUUACGGAGCGGCCGCACAGAGAACCAGGGGUGGUUGCAUCAGGUAGUACGAAGACCAGCGAAGAUCAGCAAGCACGCGCUGGCAGACGAGGUGUUCCUAUCUCGCUUGUUGGGCAGCGCGAUGUAG